UUAAAGAGAGCAGCUAGAGGGGCGUGCACGUUGAGAGUCGGUCUUCACACCAGCAGGGACAUUGUGCACCUACCGAGAGGGACUCAGCAUGGCCUCAGCACUGAAUUGCACACCCGUUAUGUUGUGUUUUAUUUAUUUGUCGUUACUGUUUGCCAGUGUGUUUUGCGACGCCGAUGCAGAGGAAGAUGAGCAUGCCAAGCACACGUACACGGUGGAGAUGUUCAACGAGGCGGUGCCCACUGCACCCCACUUUGUCAUGUUUUACGCCCCAUGGUGCGGCCACUGCCAGAGGUUACAGCCAGCAUGGAAUGAACUGGCGGAGAAAUACAACAGCAUGGAUGAGCCCCCAGCGUAUGUGGUAAAAGUAGACUGUGUCCAGGACACCAAGUUCUGCUCCAAUGUCCACGGGGUUAGAGGCUACCCUACGCUGAAGUUGUUUAAGCCAGACCAGGAUGCAAUUAGGUACCAGGGGCCCAGAGAUCUACAGUCUCUGGAGACCUGGAUGUUGAAGACACUCCAGGAGGAGCCUGGGGAGCCAGUGAGUGAACAGGAGCCUCCUAAAGCCCCAGAGCCCAAACAGGGCAUGUAUGAGCUCACUGCUCUCAACUUUAAGAGCCACAUAGCCAAAGGUGCCCAUUUCGUGAAGUUCUUUGCCCCGUGGUGCGGUCACUGCAAAGCCAUGGCCCCAACCUGGGAGCAGCUGGCCACCACCUUUGAGCACUCUGACGAUGUCAAGAUAGGAAAGGUGGACUGUACGCAGCACUAUGAGGUGUGCUCUGACAACGGCGUACGCGGAUAUCCCACACUGCUCUUCUUCUACAACGGACAGAAGACAGAGCAGUACAAAGGAAAAAGAGAUCUGGACUCCUUCAAAGACUUCGUGGACAACCAGGUGAAGGCUGUCGUCGCUCAGGAGGAAGAGCCGGAGCCCAGCGAGGAUCAAAAAGGCAACGAGAUCCCCACUGAUGAGCCAGUCAAAGAGGAGGAAAAGUCCAGCGUGUUGGACCUCACAGAGACCAACUUUGAUGAGACAGUCGCCAAGGGCCUCACCUUCAUCAAAUUCUUUGCUCCAUGGUGUGGCCACUGUAAGAACCUCGCUCCAACAUGGGAGGAUCUUUCCAAGAAGGACUUUCCCGGCCUCACUGACGUCAAGAUAGCCAAAGUGGACUGCACUGUUGAGCGCACACUCUGCAACAAGUACUCUGUUCGAGGUUACCCCACCUUGAUCAUGUUCAAGGCAGGGGAGCAGGGUGACGAGCAUAACGGCGGGCGGGACCUGGAGAGCCUGCACAGCUUUGUGAUGAGGCAGGCAAGAGACGAGCUGUAGAAACAAGUCAAGUCAGCACUCAACUCUCCACCACUUUGCUCGUCCACACUGCAUAUCUGGCGAGUAGGACACCACUCUCUGUCCUACAGCUGCCAAACCUCUCUCUAUCUUUCUCUCCACUCGGGUUCUCUUCAGAAAGGAGUCAGCCAAUGACAGACUGCAGUCUGUUCUUUCUCCUGUGUUUAAGGGCAGAAUGAUUCAGUAGAGUGUUUGGGAUGUGAAUGUUUUUCUCAUUGCUGUCGCCCAACCUCAAAUCUCCUAAUGUGGAGGAUGCUAUGGUUGGGUCGGCAAAUGAAGUUAUGUCUGACAACCACUUUGCAAGCACAGCUAAAUCAAUCAGAACCAGAAUUCCUCACACAGAUAUAAUGUUUAUUAAAAUGGUAGCACUGACGGACAGAUGUUCCAGUUUCUGCCUGUUUAGAAAUUGUUUCUGAUGAACUUCUGCAGCCAUUUGACUUUUUUUAAAUACUAAAUUUUAUACAUGGGAUCUGUUGUUAAAUCACAAGCCAUUAAUGUUACAGUACUGUCAGUCAAAAGUUUGUAAAGUUUGUGUCACCCGAAUGUGAAGUUGAGUGUUAAGUUGAGAGUACUUUCUAUCCACGCCAGUGACGGCCUAUCUGACUUAACUCUCAGGGAAACGCCCACACAGACUGGGAGGAGUUGUGAUGGAGGCAUCAUUGUUAUCACAGGUCUGACAAUGGCACAUUUUCUCUAAAUGACCCAUUUUCUGACUCCUGUGAUGUCAUCAGCCAUCCCUACCUACUCCUCCUAGAAUUCAGGGUCUCAGGCCUGGACCAUGUUGCUCCAUAUCUCCAUUACUGAACAUCUUUACUAUUGCUUUUUUAAAAUCCCACCCAUCAUUUUAUCCUCCAAUGAAGUACAGAAGGUGUGAAUCAGAGGUUUUUGUGGUAUAUCUCUCAGGCCAGACCCAGGUCCAAAGGAUUUGGGAAACAGGAAGUGGAGCAGCAGGCAGUUGGUUCACUUGGUAUUUAGGGUAAAGCAUGCAGUUUACGUUUAGGAUCAUUUGCAUGAGAAAUUGAGCUCCACUUUGGUUGUGGAAAUGUCACUCACGAGAGCUUUUACUACCUUACGUCUUAGGUUGGGCAUUUUUGUAAUAAUACUUGUGAGAUUGGAACUGAAACAUUCACCACAACUCAGGGUCAGGUGGGCUAACUAGCAUCAUAUCACCUCUCUGACCAUGAUUGUGACCUUUUCUUACCAGAGUGAUGAAACCAGCUGCAUCUUGGGUCCAUGUAAUUCACUUUUCCUGCUCCCAAAUAAUGUUUCUAGUCGUCCGUUUUCUGACUGUGAAAAACCAUGCUUGUAAAGCGCACCAGCUGCUGGUUUCUAAGUCUCACUCACCAGCAAAAUGAUCUGGAAAAAGCAUAUUGUAUUGAUUGCAACCAAAAUAAACCCUAACUUGGCUGGUAUUCAUUUCCCACUCUGUCUAUAACCACUGGUGAGAUUGUUCAAACUGAAAUCUUAAGUGUGAAUGAAUGAAGUCUGCUGUAUACUGAUCCUAUCAAAGUGUAAUGCAAUCACUUGGGAAACAAUAUUUGCCCCAUUUCUGAAUUGUCAUUAGAAAAAAGGAGAUUUUUUUGUUGUUAAAACUUCUCUCAGAAUUCUAAGAUAAUCUCGUUAUAAAAAAGGGCACUUUUUUCCUCAGGUGAAUGCAUUACACUGGUGGAGUAUGAUAACCAUCAACCCACAAAUCCAACUUUUACAGAGGGUUAAUCUGUGUUUUAACAGCCAGCGGCUGAGAAAAUAGAAUCUGUCGCAGACCUGGCUCUAAUAGCAUUUGCAGUUUCUUUUCAGCGCACUUUUCUGUGACUAACUGUGACUUCACCCACCUGUUACGGCAUUACGCCCAUCACACUGCAAAUGCUCUUUGACCCAGGUUAUGUGAAAGGUAUGUGCUGCAUGAUGUAGGGCACCAUUUAUUGUCUAACCCAGGUACACACAAACAGUCAGACACACGGCAGUUUUUUUUUUGUCAGUAAAAGUUUUUAUGGAUAGCACAUGGUCUAAGGAACUCCAGUGACAGAAGUAUUUUUUUCCUCGUGAGUCAUGGGUUGUGCACUACCCAUGGAUUUUGUACAAAAAAAGUGAAUAAUGGCAAGUUGUAACAUGAGAUUUCAUAAUAAAAAAUUUUCAAAAAUAA